AGUUGUGAUUCAGAUCUUUUCAUCGUAUAUCACAAAGUCUGAGUUCUAAGCCUAGCAUGUUCAUGAAAUUUCCUGCAAGGUUUAGGCAUUCAAUGACUAAUCUCUAUGAAUCAUUAGGUGUAGGGAGGAAAGCAAGCCAGAAAGAAAUUGAAGAGGCUUAUCUUUCCCUCAAGAAGGUCUUUACUGACGACACUAUGGACUCUAUGGCUCAAUCUAUGAUGGCUGAUGCUAAAAUGGCUUAUGAAUGACUUUCAAAUCCUGAAAAAUAGGGAGGAGUAUGAUGAAUACCUCUCUUCACAUCUAAAAGUGGCAGGCUACCAGAGAAGAUUUGCAAAUGAUUUCUCAGAAUCUGACACUGAAGAGGAGGAAAGGACCAAAAAGCGAGAUAAAGAUAGAGGCAAAAGAAGGUUUGAAGAGCAAGACCAAUUUUUCAAUGAGAAAUUUAUGAAUGGAUAUAACUCUCGAAGAAGGAAAGCCCAAGAGGAAGAAUUUCACCAAAGUAUUAAAAACUUCACUUCUAAGGGAGAAGACGUCAAGGUUGAGAUUACUAUUGAUUUUAAGGAAUCAGUCAGAGGGACUACCAAAGGGCUGAUGAUUGAUAAGGACGUCAAGUGCCAUACUUGUAAAGGAACAAGAGCAGCCAAAGAUACAGAAAUUUCAAUUUGAUAUAGUUGUAAAGGCAAGGGACUAAAGAAAGACCAACUCUUUGGGAGCUUAAUCAAGUGAAAUACUUGUGAGGGACAUGGGAAGAUACCUGUUAAAAGGUGUGGGACUUGCAACGGAAAAGGCUUAAUCUCUCAACAAAUCGGAGAGAAUAUAGUCAUACCUCCUCUUACUGAGCAUGGCGAUUACUUAAAAUUAGCUAAUCUUGGCCAUACUUCAGCCUAUGAAGGAGGAGAGGCUGGAGAUUUGAUUGUUAAAAUUGAUAUUUACAAUAAUGGGCAUUAUGUUAGAGAUGGCUUUGAUAUAUACUCUCUACUUCCAGUAACUGUCUCUGAUGCGCUAUUAGGGACAUAUUUGGAAGUCAAAACAAUCGAUGGAAACACAACAACAGUAGUAAUAAAAAGAGGCACAAUGCAUAAAGACCUUAUUAAACUCCCUGAGAAAGGUCUGUAUGACCAAGAAUCAGGAAAAUACGGAGAUCAUUACGCAAAGGUGUACCUCCAAAUACCAACUAAUAUCACCAAAGAAGUCAAUGAUCUCAUUAAGGGGUGAUUUUAA